UCGAGACGGGGCGGGGCGGGGCUCGCUCCGACCCGAACCUGGAGCUGUCCUCGCCCUUUCGGGCCGCCUCCUAUUCCUGGUGCGACGCAGGCUUUCUGUAGGCGCCGCGGGUCCUGAGCAUCACCUUCCAGGUUCCCCAAGAAACAAGGAACAUGGAAGGAUCUGCAAACCAGUUGCAGCCACUGAGUGAGACUCAAGUAGUUAACUCAGAGGGCGGCUGUGUAUGGCAGGUCACCGACAUGAACCGGCUGCGCCGCUUCUUGUGUUUUGGCUCUGAAGGUGGCACGUACUAUAUCAAAGAACAGAAGCUGGGCCUUGAGAAUGCUGAAGCCUUAAUUAGACUGAUUGAAGACGGCAGAGGAUGUGAAGUGAUCCAGGAAAUCAAGUCCUUUAGUCAGGAAGGCAGGACUGCCAAACAAGAGCCACUGCUGUUUGCACUGGCCGUUUGUUCCCAGUGUGCGGACAUAAACACAAAGCAAGCAGCCUUUAAAGCUGUCCCUGAAGUGUGUCGCAUUCCGACCCACCUCUUCACUUUUAUCCAGUUUAAGAAAGACCUGAAGGAGAGCAUGAAGUGUGGCAUGUGGGGUCGCGCCCUCCGGAAGGCAGUGGCAGACUGGUACAAUGAAAAAGGCGGCAUGGCCGUGGCGCUGGUGGUUACAAAGUAUAAACAACGAAACGGCUGGUCUCACAAAGAUCUCCUCCGACUGUCCCACCUUAAGCCUUCCAGUGAAGGACUUGCUAUUGUGACCAAGUAUAUCACAAAGGGCUGGAAAGAAGUCCAUGAAGAGUAUAAAGAAAAGGCGCUUUCUGUGGAGGCUGAGAAGCUGCUCAAGUACCUGGAGGCUGUGGAGAAAGUGAAGCGCACGAAAGACGACCUGGAAGUCAUUCAUCUGAUUGAAGAGCAUCAGUUAGUUAGGGAACACCUGCUGACAAAUCACUUGAAGUCUAAAGAGGUAUGGAAGGCUUUGUUACAGGAAAUGCCCCUUACUGCGCUCCUGAGGAACCUGGGAAAGAUGACUGCUAAUUCAGUGCUUGAACCAGGAAACUCUGAAGUAUCUUUAAUAUGUGAAAAACUGAGCAAUGAAAAGCUGCUCAAAAAGGCUCGUAUACAUCCAUUUCAUGUUUUAAUUGCAUUAGAGACCUACAGAGCAGGCCACGGGCUCAGAGGGAAACUGAAGUGGAUUCCAGAUAAAGACAUCUUGCAAGCCUUAGAUGCUGCUUUUUAUACAACAUUUAAGACUGUUGAACCAACUGGGAAGCGCUUCUUGCUCGCUGUUGACGUCAGUGCCUCUAUGAACCAGAGAGCCUUGGGUAGUGUACUCAAUGCUAGUACUGUUGCCGCAGCAAUGUGCAUGGUGGUUACACGGACAGAAAAAGAGUCUUCGGUGGUUGCUUUUGCCUGUGAUAUGGUUCCGUUUCCAGUGACUACAGACAUGACAUUACAGCAGGUUUUAACGGCUAUGAAUAAAGUUCCAGCAGGCAACACGGAUUGCUCUCUCCCAAUGAUCUGGGCCCAGAAAACAGACACAGCCGCAGAUGUCUUCGUUGUGUUUACUGAUAAUGAGACCUUUGCAGGGCAGGUGCAUCCUGCUGUUGCCCUGAGAGAGUACCGAAAGAAAAUGGAUAUUCCUGCUAAAUUGAUUGUUUGUGGGAUGACAUCAAAUGGCUUUACCAUUGCAGACCCAGACGAUAGAGGCAUGUUGGAUAUGUGCGGCUUUGAUACUGCAGCUCUGGAUGUAAUUCGGAAUUUCACAUUGGAUGUCAUUUAACCCUGAGUACCAGAAUGAUCUGAGAGGGGCACUGCUGUAGUGGUUUUCAUUGAAAAUACACAGCCACUUCCCUGCUAGACACAGUAGUGAGAAAUGUCAUCAGUAUGUGCAUGAUAGAAAUGCACUUUGGCAAGAACAGGAGAAGACAGAAGGAAGGAGACAAAAGUUGAGCCCAAAGGUGCAUGUACUCAGCUAGCUCUUGAGAAGUCUUCAGGAUACUGUAGCUUCCUCUGUAGAGAACUUCGUUUUAAUAGACACUGUACAAUAGUGGUGUUUUACUUCACUGAAUCACACCUUUGUUCUGAAAGUGUGAUACAGAGUAUAAGUAGCCUCACAUCAUGUCACUUGUAUGAGAAGUGUUUCUUUUCUUAAAUGUCUUCAUUGGAAAACGACAGUUUUAAUAAUGUCCAAAUACUCUGAGGUGCACUAGACCAUGUGACUGUGAUGGAAAUGAACCUCACCAGGUAAAUUUUUAUACAAAGGGGUUUAAAAAAAAAGACAUUUGGUUAAACUAAAUUAUGAAUGAAUUUUACAAAUUCAGAGUUUUCUAAGAUCAUAUGAACAACAGCUUUCUUAUUCAAUGAAAAAGAUGUUUUCCUUCAGAUGUUUCAUUUGUACUUGUUAGGAUUUGUUACUAUUUGGGCAAAACAGGGUGGAAAUCCCUAAGGGACUUGUUGAGUUUAUAUAGGCUGAGGAAUUUGCUUUGUAGCCUUGUGUUGGCUGAACAACAACAGUGUAUCAUGUACUUCCGCUUUCCUGGGUGUUUCAUGUAUGUAACUCCCCUGUCCAUAAUCCUGACAGUGUAACAAUUAAAACUCUACUGUAAAGACAUAGAUUUUCUGUACCCCUAAAAUACCUUUAACUAAUUUUCAUAUUUUUCUAAUAUUUAGUCUGAAGUCUUUCAUAUUUUUGCCCCCUAUGCAUUUUGUGUCUAGUUUCUUUUUUGAUAGAGUAGAGAAAUAAUACAGCAAGCUAGAUCCUUCUAGUUCAAAGGCAAUUUUAGAGUAGCCAUAUCAACCAAUCAGUGUAUGUAGAAAAUCUAAGAACUGAUUUUGUACAAAUUAAACUUCCUUUUCACCAUAUUAAAAUACAUUCUUUUCUUGAGCAAUUACAUGUUUUCACUGGGAAGCUUAGCAUGAGAAUGGCCUAUUGAAACACCAGUAGUUUUUCUCUUGAUUCAGUAAUGGUAUCUAAGGUAGUUUAUACUAAAACGCUAAUUUUUAUGUAUUACUCUUUAAAUAUUAAAGGUUUACUGGGGGCUUAUAAACCCUUUCAAAACUAGUAUGUGUAGGUUACAUAACCUUUUAAGUGUUUAGGGGAGUGAAGUUCUUUUAUUUGGGAGAGAAAGGGGCUUUGCUAGUGUGAGGAUUUAUGUACAUAUUUUCUUUCCUAAGAAAUUUAGUCUCAGAGAAUAAGAAAAUGUUCCCUUCAGAUGAUUUGAGUUAAUGAAGUUUCAUAUGUAGCCAUUCCUCCUGACAGUAACAAAUUUUCAGUGUUAUUAGCAAAGAUAGUAUCAGCUCCAGUUCUAAACACCAUUGCUUCUGAUGCUGUUCUGGCUUGACCACUGUCACAUCUUAACUAAUUCUGAUACAUUAAAGUUUCAUGUUCAAGUUGAAUUUAAAGCUUUAAACCCUAGUAAUUACAUGAGAUCUAUUGAAUUCUUUAAACCCAGGAUCUAAGUUUUAAUAUGAUCUAACUUAUUAUGAAAUUUACAUGCCAUAUUAUAUAAAAGCUUUUUUCUUAUUUUUAAUGCUACUUAGAUAAUGCUUUUAGGCAAGCAGAGUAUAUCUAGGAGCUAGUAUUUAACCCAUAAGGGAAAUAAGGGUCACCUCCCGGCAGCCCUCCUACAGUAUAGGUAAACCUAAUUAAAGAGAUUAAAAUUGAAUACAGAGGCCAAGUGUGGUGAUGCAUGCCUUUAUUCCUGGGAAACAGAGGCAGGUAGAUCUCUUAAGUUAGAGGCCAGCCUGCUCUACAUAGUGAAUUCCAGACCAGCCAGGGCUACAUAGUGAGACCCUGUCUCCAAAAAGAAAAAAAGGUUUAAGAGGCAGAGGCAGGCAUUUUUCUGAGUUCAAGGCCAGCCUGGUCUACAAAGUGAGUUCCAGGACAGCCAGAGCUAUACAGAGAAACCCUGCCUCAAAAAACCAUUAAAAAAAAAAAAAAAAAAAAAAAAGUCCCAACAGAUAGAAAUCUUAUCUUCAAAUUGCAAAACUUCAGAGUAGAAAGAAAAUUUAGAAAAAAAUGUAUUUGAUUGAUAACCAGAAACCAGUCUGGAUCUUCUGGAUGUGUGUGUGAUGGUUAUUUUGUUUUGUUUUGUUUUGUUUUGUGACAGGGUCUCUCUCCAUAGACAUAGUCCUGGCUAUUCUAGAGCUCACUGUGUAGACCAGGCUGGCCUUGAACAGAGAGCCUCCUGCCUCUGCCUCCCAAGUGCUAGGGCUAAAGGUGUGCAACACUAUGCCCAGGGUAAGGCUGGAUGGUUUUGGAGAGGGGUCUGCCUCUCUACUCAGCAUUCUGGCUUUUAGUCUCUCAUCCAUGGGACAUGUUGACUUUGUAAGAGAAACAGUAGAAUUAUGAAGCCUUUUACCUAAUUUAGACGUUAGGAAUUGAUUAGGAAUUGAUGAUAUGCAUGAUUACUUUAGGAACCUGUGAAUGUGUGUGAUUUGUUUGUUUGUUUUGAUUUGGAGUAAUUCUCAAACACAAUUAUGUCUCUGCAGCCUAUGUUGCUAUGGAAUCUAGCCACAUAGCAAGGCAUUAUUACCUCAUUAAGCAUAGGAUACCCUCAAGUGGUAAACAAGUUUUCUUUUCCAAAUUACCACUAGGGUGACUCUUAAGUAAAUAGUACGGAAAAUACUGCUUUAAAAAGCAAUCUUAAGAAAAGUAAAUGUUAUUUCCUAGAUACUAUGUAAAUAUUUCUAGGAUUUAGUUGUUACUAAUAACACAAAACACUAAUCUUUUCAUCUCACUGUUUUUGAUUAGUGGAUAGUCCACGUAUUAAAACUGUUACUUAGUAACUGUUUUCAGGGUGUGUUAGGAAGGGAUAUGCUAGUAAGUAGAACUACUCCAUCCUUUGGAGCUUCUUGGUUUUUUUUUCAUGUGCUGUGUCAUUAUGAACAACCAGUUCAACAUAUGUGGUAAAAUUCUGCUCUCCUACAAAUUCAUGUAUCUUAGUCUCAGAUCAUAGAAGAACAAGCUGUUUAAUAUUUACCGAAUAUUGAGAAUGGAAAAGAGGCCUUUCAUUACAAGUCCAAACUUCAUUUUUAAUUAUAAACACUAAGAUGUCCUUAUCCCUGAUAAAAAGGAUAUAUAAAAAAAUAUAUUUAAAAAAAAAGAAAGCAAAGCUCAUAGUCAAACUAGGACCAUGCUAUUACUCUUACUAUUACUAGCUUAUCUAUUACUUCCUUACAUAUUACUUUAUUUGAAUAACAAUAAGUCUACAGCAGACAAACUGACAGGUUGCUUCUCACUUUCCUAGACUUCGACAAGAAAAAUUAUACCAAUGUAAAUGUAAGAAUCUAAUGAUCUUUAGAAGCACAGGAAGUGUACAUCUAAGCAGGAAAUGAAAGCUAAAUCAUUGUAAAUUCUUUGAGUUAUUUUCCUGUGACCUAAACAUUUUGUCCCAAGGCAAGCAAGAUAGUCAUCGUGGGUAAAGACACUCACCACCAAGUUUGAUGAAUGGUUCCCAGUCCCUGGACCCCACAAGGUAGGAGGAGAAACCAGUUCCUGCCGGUUGUCCUCUGUGCCAUGGCGUGCAUGGGCGUGCAUGGGCGUGUAAAAGUGAAAAGAAGUGCUGCUACAGAUUUGGUCUGUGUUGUUGUGUGGUGUGCUUGUAGUCAAAGUAACUCAAGAUGCAAAAUCGUCUUGGAUUCCAUUGGUUUUGUUAGGGUACAAGUUGUCAUCUUAGAGAAAUGUCACACAGCCAGAAGGAAGGAUCAGCAAAGAUGACAGGUUCUUUGUGAGACAAGCCGGUGUUUAACUCAGAAGUUAUUGUGUUCUCUUGAUACCUGCUCCAUCAUCUCUUCUUCCAUGGAAGAUUACUUCUCGCCCAUUUUUCUCUUUUGCAAAGUCUUCUCCCAUUUUUGCCUUUUAUUCCUGUUUGAUCCAGUUGGGUAAUAAAUUGCAGGACCAGAAAAUCAUCCACAGUCAGGUUUGGGGCGAAUCUACUGCAGGUUGUUUUUUUGUUUUAUAUAAAUUUAAGAGUAUAUUUUUCAGAGUUGGAGAGAUGGCUCACUGGUUAAAAGCCCUGAGGGCCCAGGUUCAAUUCCCAGCACCCACAUGGCAGCUCACAACUCUCUGUAACUCCAGUUCUGGGAAUCCUACACCAUCACAGAGACAUACAUGCAAGCAAAACACCAAUGUACAUAAAAAAAAAUAAUAAUAAAUAAUUCAUUUUUAAAAAUGUUUUCCAAAUUACUGAAGUAAUAUCCGGAUUGAUAUGUUCUUUGCCCAAAUCAAGUCAUGUUGUAGAUAUUCCAGAAAUGUUAUAGCCAUUCAAUAAGACCAGAAUCUGUAUAAUCACUGAUAAACACUGAAAAGAGAACUGUUAUACUAUAUAUGCAAUCUAAUUGACCGCAAUUUCAGAAAGUGACACAUAUAUCCUCUCAGUUCUAUAAUUACACUCCUAGUUUACAAAGUCUUUCAACUGAGUGUCUGUCCAUGCAUGCACACAUACAUGUACACUGAACUUACAAAAAGCCUUAUAAUGACUUACGUUGACAUUCACUAUCUUACUGGUAACUAUUUACUCUUUUGAAAAAAAUCACUAUGAAAUUUAAAGUUGAUUUGAAAAUAUUUUCAUAUAGAAAACUAAUAAUGUAACUAAGAAUGCUAUUUGAAUAACAUAACAGAUGACACAGUUUUCCUAAACCCUAAAAGUAACAAGAUAUAUUAGAAAAAAAGGGAAAAUCAAUGAGAUUCUAUUCCUAGAAUUGUGAUUAUUUCCACUCAGCAUUUGUAAAUAUAAUGAAGAUAUACAAAAGCUGUUUCAUAUCCUUCAGGGAUAUGUUUGCCUUUCUACUUUAUCCCUGCCUUUAAUCAUCAGAACUUUGUGAACACAGGUGAACUUUCAUUUUAAAAUGUUUGAACUUCUGUACCUUGUAUAAGUUAGCAGAAUCUGGAUUAAAAAAAAAAAGAAACUAAAUUAAUUUCAUUUCUGCUGGUUUCACUUUACUGUAUAUUUGUAUUAUUAAAAGUAGGGUUAAUAUUGUUGACUAUGCGUAACUGCUAAAUUAUAUCAGUGAAAUCAUUACAUUGAAACUGUAUCCAAAUGAUUUCUCAGGCUUUGUUUGAAGUGUAAACUCCAGCCCCAUUAUGACCAAAUUAGACUUAAAGAUAGUGAAUGAAUACUAAUGAAGAAAGCUGCUCUUGUUGCACUGUUCUAAAUAAUAGAAUAUAUAUUUGGUAUGGUUGGUGAAAUAGCUUUUGUUAUUAUUUAAGUUACAAUUUCUUAUUGCAAAUUUAAUAAUGAAUUCUCCAAAGGAAUGGGAUGAAUGGAGUUAUAUUUGAAAGAAUUGGAAGAAAAGUAUUACAAUCUGCUUCUAAACUAUUUGUUUUAUUACAAUGACAUUUAUUUCUAUAAUUGGCCAAUUGAUGGAUCUUUCAGGUAUCCAGAAUUAUGUCUGCGUAAAAUAAAUUAUAGUUAUAUUAAGAGCCUUAAAGUGGGGAAAAAGGACUCUUUUGACUGCCUUAACAUAUGACAAGCUCUCUUUUCCAGACAUACUAAUUUCUUUAGGGUCUGUUAAAUAAGUAAUGCCUUAAGAGUGUGCUAAUGAUCUGAAGAGUAGAGCUUACAGGGUCUUCUAGAGCUUUUAAUUCUACAUAAUGAAUUUAAGUGUUAGGUAUUAUACCUGAUUGCACAUUAAUAAUUUGAAAUAAGAAAAGAAUAAUCUGGCUAUGCUGAUGUGUAAUAAGUACAUGGCUGCAACAUCAGUAUAUUUUAUGGUUGCUUAAGAUUUUGUAUUGUUUUGUAUAACCAGUUACCCAGAAGCUGGACUUCCUGGCCAUAAUAUGACCUCCAAGGACCAUGUUGCAUAUUUAACACUGGAUGAAAAGUUCAGUUGUAUAGCUCCAAAAAGAACUGCUUUUUAAGGGAAAUUUUUGAGGCAAAAGGCAAAUGUUUUGGUUCAAACCUAUGAGCAAAGUCAUUUAGAGAAUUGAAGAUAGUAUUAAAACCUUGAGACUCUUGCAAUAAAAAUAUCAGACCAGUGACUUGUUUCAUUGCAUUCUCAUUUUGCAUUUGCUUUGCCGUUCAAAGCAGAAAAAUCUUACAAAACCGAAAGAAUGCUUUAAAAUUGUCACGCUGGUGCUUAAAGAUCUAUUAUGCUUGAUGUAUAACUAACUUGUUUCCAAGAACGGAGCCUGGGGAAGGCUUAUAGGCCUUUCCUAGUACUUGUGAUUAUUGAUUGUCAAGUCUUCCAAGUUUGCAAUGUAAAUAAUGUGUAACAAUGUGACAUUGGUGUUUUCUAAUGAGGAGUGGAUGAAUGCUUCAGUUAUUACUUCUACUUCAUGAUAAAAGUUUUCACCAAUACUGAGAAAUCUUGAUUUUUGUAACCUUGCAAAAUAACCUAUUACAUACAAGUUGAUUGUCUCUUACCUGAAAUGCUUGGAGCCUCAAGUAUUUUAAGAUUCUUUUUUCCAAUUUUGGAAUCAUCUGCAGAUGUAUAAUGGAAUACCUGGGAUUUGCUGUAUGAGCCUUGUAUGUGUCAUGUGACAGAAAAUCAUGUUUUAAUGGACUUGCUUUGGCUGUGACUUUGCAAUUGGUCUAUGGAACUUUCCACGGGCAUUAUGUUAACACUCUCAAGUUUCCAGUUCUGGAGCUUUCUAAAAUUUUAUAUUUCCAAAUUGGGGAUGCUUAACUUGUAAGUCAUUCCAGAUGUGGAGUGGGCACUACACAAACUGUUUGUCACCAGUUUAUUGUAGAAAUCGAUAGGUGUACCAAAUAAAUUGUAUGCAUAUCAAA